AUGCGCAUCUCAACAACGCUCGCGACAGCCCUAUUGUUCGCUGUCGGCGGCCUCUCAACCCCGGUACAACCCCUAGGCGACAUCCUAGACAUAAGCGACCUGACAGACAGCGCGUACGCAGACGCAAUCUCAGACGUCAUUCCCUACGGUCCUGCUCCCUAUAAUUCUCUCUCAGUCGAUCCAAGCCACUGGCCGCCGAACGAUCCCGUCGACCACAACAGCUACUGCAGAAGAGACACCGCGCCCGGGACCAACUUGACAAAGGAGGAGAAGAAGCCCCUGAUGGAAUGCUUCGAUAAGAUGGUCCGCAGCGGCGACUGGGUGCCAGACUGGGUCCACUGCAAUCAUACCCAGCGCUACUUUACGGCUUGGGGUCUCUGGUGGAAAGAACCGGGUGAUUGCUACAGCGCUUGCAAGAGGUGCUUCAUGGGCGCCGUCAUCGGCAACGCCGCCAACUGGUACUGCUUCCAGACAGCUGGGUUCAUGGCUCAGUGCAAUAUCAGGUACAUGCAGUGA